AUGUAUAUGACUCUUACUUUCAUCGUUCUCGUUGGUAUCAGUGUUCUGAGUAGCUCACCAUUACUUAACACUAGAUCACAUAAUAUUUAUCGUAUUGCUCCCAUUCUUCAACGAACCAAGGUUGGUCUCGAUUUGUGCCCAACAUGUAUCAAUGAAGCCGUAGAAGUGCUCAAUAUCUUGCUCAAUGCCGUUCUCGAUGAAGGUAUUCUAGCAACUUGUAAUAGUUUAUGUGGCAUUGUUGCCAAUAAAACUGGUUCAAAGUUAUUGGGUGAAAUUUGCGCUCUGGCCUGCGACGCAUUUGGUCUUGAUGAGUUCAUUAAAGAAAUUAUCAAGCUAGAUCUCGAUCCUAUUUGGUAUUGUGAAAUGGCAAAGAUGUGUCCGAUUAACGACCAUGGUGAUGCGAAAUUUACCAACUUCCAUGUUUCACCAACCACCGGCCCUCGUAAGACCAAAUUUAUUCUUGACUGUUCUUUUGUAACCAAGAAUGGUACGGGUACGGGCAUGCUUACCCUUACACUCAUCUAUCCCAAUAAGCAAUCGGCAGCCACGGAUUUCUUGCUCGAAGCACAAAAACCUGGCUCAUACAUCGAAAGAAUUCCUAUCGAUGUCAUCGAACCGAAUUGUGACCCUUCACGAGGAUUGUGUGACGAUUGGCCAGUUGGUACUUACAAUGUCACUGCGGAAAUUUGCAACGGAGAAUGUGGAUCACAUCAUCCUCAUUCGGCCACUUAUGAUAUGGGCAAGGCCUCAUUUACGGUUACCAAAUGA